UCUAAUUUUGUCAGCUACUUCUAUGGCUAAAUCUAAAAUAUACCGUGAAAUAUAUUUAAAUUUUCCUUUUGUUUACUUCUGAAAAUAUCAGAACCUGCUAAACAAACUGUAUUUUCUUCUUCAUUGUUUGUGCUUGUUGACAUAAGAUUUAGAUAAAGUAAAAAAUUGUGUUUGCUACAUAGAAUUGGAUAUGUUUAUUGAGAAGUGUAUGUAUUAUUUGAACUAUUGACAUACAUAACUGACGCAUUUGUUUCUCUACUUUAUACACAUUUGUUCGACAGGGUUUCUGCAGAUUUCACUGAAUCAAACUCAAGACAUUUUAAGACCAUUAUGAAUGAAACUUAAGACUUGUACCAUGACAGAAAUGCAUAAAGGAAAAUAGCAUAUUUUGCGAUGUUCUCUACAGCUUUAAGCAGCACAGUGCCCAGUGAGCCACUGGCAACAAUGAACGCCAUCCAGCCAACUGCCCAUAAAUUUGCUCUUAUCCAUAAAACGUAACAACCUAUUUAGCUAUCAAAGGUUUAAUACCAGCGAGUUAGCGGUAGCCUCAGCUGAGUCGAGUCACACAACGCAAUGAAAAUAGCACUGCCACAGCAAAAAUUAAGAUUUGUGAUUAAUGUAUUUAAGGGCAACUUUUUAAAUUAAUUUAAGAUAUUUUAAGGCCUUAAUUUUAGGUACCCAAACAUAAGACCUUUUCAGGAUGAGCAGACUGCCUGGUUUAAACUAAAGAUGAAGAAAAAGUUUCAAAGACAAACAUAUUCACUUUAUCUUGAAAACUUAAAAUAAAUAAAUAAAAGCUUUUGACCUAAACCUGAAGCUAUUCUGUUCAACUACAUUUUGAAAAUUAUUAUUGCUGGAACCAUUGUUAUUCUUCCAAUCCACUGUGAUCAGUUGUAUAAGUCAAGUCCAUGAAGCUUGAUUUAUGCUUGAAGCGAAUGCUGCGCUGCACGGUCAAGUUGUGUCAUUUCAGCAGCUAUGCCCCCUCUGUGCGGUCCAAAUUUUCCGUAACGUGCAUCUGUGAAAUUUUGCGACUACGCUGACAGUUCUGUGCAGGAAAACAAGGCGGACGAGGAGGAACUCCUCCUGGUGGAGAUUCGCAAAGACAGACAUCUUAAUGAUUCAGCCCAUAAAGACAAUAAUACUACCACACUCAAAACGUGUCGCCUUGUUGCUGCUAACAGCGAUUUUUUCUUGGGAACACCAGACGACCAUCAACAUUAUCACAUAAUCAUGUAUCAAAGUGAAGAGUUGAGGACUGGAUUUAGCUCUGUGACAACAUUAACCAAAAUAUCACCCAGUUUGAUUAUUACUGUGGCUUUUUUUCUUUUGUUCAACAGAUUUUCAUGGCUUCCAACAGUCUGUUCAGCAGCACUAGUCCCAUGUUGUACUGGGAUACUGUGGGAAAAUGCCGGCAGGUUCCAUCCCCUAAACCUCACCAACCGGAAGAGCCGGAGGUGAGGGUGCCGUUGCAGCAGCAUGGCGCAGCAUCCCAGAGAGGCUUGGUGCACACUGACAGCCCAAACUUCCUCUGCAGCAUCCUGCCACAGCACUGGAGAUGCAACAAGACCCUGCCAAGAGCUUUCACUGUAGUUGCUCUGGGUAAUGACGUGCCAGACGGCGUGGUUGUUACAGUGAUGGCUGGCAAUGAUGACAACUGCAGCGCUGAGCUACGCAAUGCCACAGCGACAAUGAAGCAAGGUUAUGCCCACUUCAACGAUCUAAGGUUCAUUGGUCGCAGUGGCAGAGGUAAAACUUUCACGCUGUCGAUCAACGUGCUGACCUCUCCUCCUCAAAUAGCCACUGUACACAGAGCCAUUAAGAUCACUGUGGAUGGACCUCGACUCCCGAGACGUGAGAGACAGAAGGAGAUGAAAUCAGGAAUAUUCCGGCCUCCCAGGAGUAUCGGCAGUGCUGCUCCAUUAGACCGCAGAUCCUUUUCCUCCUCCUUGUGGAACAACGAAUCAUCAUUUCUUGGUCAGGUGACAUCUCUGACAUCCUCCUUCACUUCAGCUCCAAGACUGCACCACCUGCCCACGGUCCCCUUCUCCGCCCACGCCCCUCCAUACAGCUCCUACUUGUCUUCUGCUGCGUCUGUUCCCCCUCCACUAAGCCACAGCGGCCAGUUCCAGCCCAGCAGUUUUUACUAUGGGUCGAACCAACCGCUCCAAAGCACAGGGGAGGACCGCAACGUUGCUGCAGCUAUGGCCAAUUACAUGGAAGGGGCGUGUCUUACCAUGAGAGGGGAGGAGCCUGUCUGGAGGCCUUACUGA